CUAAGAGCGGGAGGAGGGCAGCAGUUACCGUAGUUUGCAGACGGAAGAAAGCACAUAAGUUAUUUUCAAUAAACAUUUCUCGUUUUUAUUUUUUAAUGCACUGGCCGAAAUGAACACUUAUCGAAGUGGAUAUAUGAACAAACGUUUUGAAACAGCUUCCAUGGUGCCGAUCUAAUUGCGUGUUAUAUUUGCUUUGAGUUCAGUUGUCGGCCGUCGAGCUGCUGCUUCGUGUUUUGAAUCGUUCCCACAUAGUGUUAAAUUGGAUGACCUUACAGGUUACUUAUAUUACAUCGAUUUGUGCUUAUUCUUCACGGGAUGGACACGACGACAUCAAUGAAAGCUCUGCUGGUCGCCAUGCAGCAGUAUGAAGGCGGCAGGAACUCUCACAGCGCGGCGCAGCUCCUCAAACAAGUGGAGGAGGUUUCCGCCCUCAAAUGUGACCAUCUGCUGUCCUCGGGUCAGCUGUUGCACACUGAGUGCGUCCGUGGGCUGGUGGAGCUUACCGGAAACGUAAACACGUGCCCCAAUGUAGCCGGGGCCAUCCUGUCCUUGCUGUCACAGCUCGCAGCAUGUGAUGACAACAGCAGGACAAUGCUUCACUACAACUUCAACCUCACCAGCGUCCUGGCCUUACUCAUUCAUCGCCUCAGGGCUACCCCAGGUGACCCUCUGGUACUGCAGAGUUUACAGUUGCUGCAGAAGCUGACAUAUAGCACUCACAACUUCCCCUCCACAAGCUACCUCCACGAAUUCAUCGCCUUCCUCAUGACCAACAUCCAGUCUCAAAGUGAUGAAGUUGUCAUGCCAUACCUCGGGCUCAUGGCCAACCUGUGUCGGGAUAACCAAGCUGUGCAGAAUCACGUCAAGUCUCUGGACAACGUGAAACCGUUUUAUAGGACACUGAUCAACUUUCUGGCCCACAACAAUCUGACCUUGGUGAUGUUCUCGCUGUCUAUCCUGGCCAGCUUGACUCUCAGCGAGAAUGCUGGUGAGAAGGUCUUUGGUGCCAAGAACAUUCACCAGACCUUUCAGCUGGUCUUCAACAUCAUUCUCAAUUGUGAUGGGACCCUGACACGAAAAUACUCUGCUGAUCUUCUGGUUGAUCUCUUGCACAACCCAAAAAUUGCAGAUUGUCUCACUCGGUUCCAAUACUUUUCAGUGUGUGCCUCUCAGCUUUUUGGAUUGUUGAAGUCAAAAGAUAUUGACUCAGCAGCCAAGGUUCUAGAGCUGCUCCUUGCCAUGUGCUGUGUGUCGGGUCUGCGGCCACUCCUGUGCCAGGUGCUCUUUAAACCGGUGGGACCCAAGCUCAGGGUGGCGAGUCGGAGGCAAGCGGCAGGGCUGGAACACAAGGCUGAGUCUACGCUAGCACUGGUGCAUUGGCUCAGCUUGCCAAUGGGGGACGCGGAAGCCUGCUCGCUACAGGUGUUGCAGUUGAUCAAAGAACUGCUGGAGGAGGCAUUGAGUGCUGUCAGCAUGCCCGAGGGUGUCCACGUUUUUCUGGAAAUGCUCCUUCCUGUUAUACUGGACUUCGUCAAGGGCCUGGACGUCCCCGCCAAUGACGCCCAUUUGAGGCAACACUGCGAGCGCAUCAUACACGUCAACAGAGUGCUACUAGUUCUGUGCGGCGAUGACACCACGCGGGCACUGGUCUCGCACCGGGUGAGCUCCCAGCUAUGCCUCUCACAGGUAGAGAUGCUGCUCGCCUGUUGUCAUGGUAACAGCCUCUUAGCCUGGCUACCCCCCGGCGCAGACCACAGCCUCAGUCAGGUGUGUGCUGAGGCUCUGCUCAGUACUUUGGAAUUGAUGAGCAAACUGCGGCAGCAGGUGAGCGACAUGGAGACCAGCUUCUACCGGACGUUACAGGACCAGAGGAUUGCCACACCCCUCGCUCUGGCCCUUACAUCACAUCAGAGGGAGCACGUGCGGACUGGCUUCGCUCUACUCUUAGAGGCCAUGCCACUCCCGGAUUUCCCGUCACUCGUCCUCAGUGAGAGUGUGGCCACCAACAACGCUUAUCGGCAGAGUGAGGCCAAGCUCUGCGUCAAGCGUGUUCCCGUGCAAGAUGUCCAGCCUCCUUGCAUGAAUGCCAGCCAAAUGGAUGUGUCAACCUCGUCCAGCAGUGUCCACAGCCUAGUGGAGAAGCUCCACAGCGCCAUGGAGCUGCAGGAGCAGGCCAAAGAUGGGCAUGUGUCUGACAUCAUCGACGUCUAUGAACACAAGCUCGCUGCACUCGCAUCUGAGGAGAGUCGCCUUCAGGACCUGCUGGAAGCAAAGGCAGUUGCAUUGUCCCAGGCUGAUCGCCUCCUUGCUCAGCAUCACUUCCAGCGAGCUCAGGCCGAGGCCGAGGCUCGCAAGCUGGCCAGUCUGUUGAAAGAGGCAGAGCGGCGGCGUGAAAGCCUUCAGGCCGAGCUGGUCGUCCAGCUAGAGGAGGCGCAGCGCUCCAAGGCUGAGACGGAGGAGCUGCUGCAGCACAACUCUCGACUCCAGCUGGCCUCUGAGGAGCACCAAGCCCUCAAAGACACCUACAACUCCCUGCUCCACAAGUUUAACGAAGGUGAAUGUCUGCUGAAGAAGCUUCAGACAGCUCAUGCCACUCUCAAUCAAACCAACCAAGCACUGAGGAAGAACCACCAAGUGCUGCAGCUGCAACAUGACAAGACCGUGUUGCUGUUGCAGGACAAGGAGGAGGAGAUCACGUCGUUGCGUUCAGACAUGCGACUGAAGGAUGAUGACAUUGCAGCUCUACGAGGUGACCUGCGGGAAGCAGAAGACAAAGGGCGGGAGAAGGAAUUGCAGAAACAGGAGCUGGAAGACACGCUUGAUGCUUUGAGGAAGGAGCUGAGCAAGACUGAGCAGGCCAGGAAGGAUGCCAGCAUCAAGGCAUCAUCGCUACAGCUGCAGAAGAGUCAGCUGGAAGCCAAGCUCAAGCAGCGCGAGGACGAGCUCAAUGAGCACUCGGCCAUGAUUGCCAUGAUCCACAGCAUGAGCAGCGGCAAGAAGAAAGAUGUUAACUUCUCGCUGUGAUACCCACUAAUUUGAGCAAUUCGACAAGCAAGAAAUCUACAAUGGCAGUAGCAAUAACAACAACAACUACAAUGGAACCUCCAAAGCAACAGCAGAAACAACAAAACCAACAGCAAAAACAACAAAUGCAAUAACACAGAUCAUAAAAUAUUUUUAAUUAGAAUGAUUGCCUAAUGUAUUUAACUUUUAGUAUUGAAUAAAUUGAAUGUGUAUGAAUUUA